CACUCCUCCCACUCAGGGGGUGAGGAGUAUUUGUGGGUGAAAGCGAGUAGCAGUGAGUGUCCAGUCUGGCUCAGUUCCCCAGUCCAGACAGCACCUCGGCAGCCCAGCAGAGGCCAGCAAUCUGCAGCCUACCAGGACGCUUCGCUCUCUUGGGAGGUUUGAAGGAUGUUUGACUCAGUGAAGCCUUAUGGAAACCAGGAUUUCUAUAACCUGAAGAGGGAGUGCCAACAGCGCAACCAGCUGUUUGAAGACCCUUUGUUCAUUGCCGAUGAUGAAUCUCUAUUCUGUACAACGGCACUGCUGUCCAAUGUCCGCUGGAAACGCCCAACUGAAAUCUGUAACAGCCCUCACCUCUUUGUGGAUGGGAUGAGUGCCCAUGACCUGAACCAGGGCCAGUUGGGUAACUGCUGGUUUGUCGCUGCUUGUUCCUGCUUAGCCUCCAGAGAUGCUUUGUGGCAGAAGGUCAUCCCGGACUGGAAAGAACAGGAAUGGGCAGUGGACAGACCGAACAACUACGCUGGAAUUUUCCACUUCCGCUUCUGGCGUUUCGGAGAGUGGAUCGAUGUUGUGAUCGAUGACCGACUGCCUACAGUCAAUGGCCAGCUGAUCUACUGUCACUCCAAUUCCAAGAAUGAGUUCUGGAGCGCGCUGGUGGAGAAAGCUUACGCCAAGCUGGCAGGCUGCUAUGAAUCUCUGGAUGGCGGGAACACUGCAGACGCCCUGGUGGAUUUCACUGGCGGUGUCUCGGAGCCGAUCGACCUGGUCCAGGGGAACUUCAGCACCCUGGAGGAUCAGAGGCUGCAACUGUUUGAGAAGCUCCUGAAGGUGUUCAGCCGUGACGGCCUCAUCAGCAGCUCGAUCAGGGUCUCAUCAGCUGCCGAGAUGGAAACCCGUCUGAGCACUGGCCUGGUGAAAGGCCACGCCUAUGCCGUGACUGAUGUCCGGAAAGUACGCCUGGGCCACGGCCUCCUGGCCUUCUUCAAGGCAGAAAAGCUCUUCAUGAUCAGGAUGAGGAAUCCCUGGGGUCAAAAGGAAUGGAACGGGCCGUGGAGUGACAGCUCUCAAGAGUGGCAGAAGGUCAGCAAAGGAGAGCGUGAAGCAAUGGGUGUCACCGUGCGGGAUGACGGAGAGUUCUGGAUGUCGUUUGAUGAUUUCUGUGUGAACUUCACAGACCUUGUUGUCUGCCGUAUCAUCAACACCUCCUUCUUCAGCUUCCACAAGACCUGGGAGGAGGCCAUGGUAAAGGGCUCAUGGACCAGGCACGAGGACCCCCUGAAAAACCGUGCUGGAGGCUGCAUCAAUAACCGCGACACCUUCCUGCAGAAUCCGCAAUAUAUGUUCGAUGUCAAAAAGGAAACGGACGAAGUAUUGAUCUGCCUCCAACAGAAAGAUGUUCGCUAUAAUCGAAAGCAGGGCAGAGGGGAGAAACUGUCGAUGGGGUUUGAGGUCUACAAGGUGGAGUUGAACCGUAACUACAGGAUGCACACCAUUCAGCAGAAAGUGGCCGGCUCAGUCUACAUCAACUCCAAGACCAUCUUCCUGCGGGAGGUGCUCCCUCAGGGACGCUACGUCAUCGUCCCCACCACCUUUGAGCCGGGCAUACAGGGCGAGUUCUUACUGAGGAUCUUCACCGAUGUGCCAUCCAACUUCAGUCGUCUUCACAGGGAGCUCACCCUCAACGAGCCGCCAAGGACCUGCUGGUCUGGGCUAUGCGGGCACCCCAAGAUGGUGACUCAAGUUCAUGUUGUUGGUGCCAGUGGAUUGGCCCAACAGGACGGUGAGACAGGAGCUGACCCAUAUGUCAUUAUCCGGUGCGGAAGAGAGAAGGUCCGGUCGCCCAUCCACAAGAACACGGUGAAUCCAGAAUUUGACGUCAAGGGAAUCUUCUACAGGAAAGAUCCUAAGGACCCCAUCCGCAUCGAGAUUUGGAAUAACAAUGUCCUAAGUGACCAGUUCCUUGGUCAAGUGACUUUAACGGCUGACCCCAGUGACCUCCAGCCACAGCACACCCUUCACCUGAAGGACAAGAGUAACCGGCAGGGCAGUGAACUUCCUGGGACCAUCAGCUUGAAGAUCAGCAGCAGCCAUGAGCUGGCCGGUAUCUAAACUCUACAGAGAAACACUUGUCGCCAUCGGAAACAUGGAACAAUCGAUCGAAUCAGGGUUCGACCGGGUCCUCCAGGAUCCACGGAUAAGAAAUUUUAGAAAUGGGAAAAGGCUCCUGGCCUGUCCCUCAAACCGAUGCCUUAAGCCCUAUCCCUUAUGGAGUCUCCUGUACUUGUUUCUUGAUGCUAGGACCCUUUGGGAGUGUGGGGGUGGGGUACAUGGGGCUGCCCCAGUAGGUUUCUCUCCUGUAAGUUUCCGCAUGAAGUCACUUCUCGCUUAGUAACCCCCCAGCCCCCCCCAACCAUGCUCAAAGGUCACCGCUUAGACUGUGCACCCCAACGUCGCUCUGCUCAAUGGACACCAAUUCCCACAGACCCAGCCUGCUUGCUCAUUGGCUGGACUUAACCGACGCUGAGACUGGAAGGGGAGGCUGGAGCUCCACUUUGUGCCAGUCACAGCCCAUGGUCAGUCUCAACCCCAACAUACACCCACUCCCUUUCCCAUCGCCCCACUCCCAACACAUCCCUCCCUCUGCCAAAAGGAAGGGGCAAGUAGGAAGAAGACUGUUCCUAAGGUAAUUGUUGUGACUCCUGUAACGUUUGGCAUUCUUGUAUUUAAUUCUGAUAAACAUAAACAGAUGCCCACCAUCAAUUUCCAAUCUCUCUCUCUCCCCCCUAGUGGACCCUUCAGAUCUUGACUCCCUUUCUUGGAGUCAGGAUAAUGCUCAGUUCCUACUCUUUGCUGUCUUUCAGCACCACUGUCCUCUGAGUAACAAGCAGUUUUCUAAUCUAGAAAUUAUCACUGCCCAGAGAUUUGCAUUGAUGACUAGGUCAUCAGGGAGAAGAACAUUAACAUUUUUAUCAAUUAUUCAUCCUCGUGCAAUACUAAUCUCUGUCACAUUGCUAAGAGACAAAUUGAUAAAGCUUUUCAUUUCACACUCAUCAGGACAAUUGCAGGAUUGCCAAAUUUCAAAUGAGCACAACAAUUUGUAACACAGAAGAAAAGGAUGCUGGGAAGGUCUGCUCUGUGCAUGCUGAUUCGCCGAUUAAAAAGAGCUGACCUGCAAAGCAAUCAGCACCCUCUUCCCCUGCAGUAUAUUUCAUUUCACCUCGGAGUUUCAGGACACUACAUGAUGCAUUUCCCUGCACCAAUUCCUGUUGCCCUUCCUAUCUUCCUCCCUCCCAGAUUCCCAGUGGCACUCCUCCUGUCCCUUUGGACCUUUAUAAACUCUAUUUGCUGCUGACCCUUCCACUAAAUGAUGAUUGGUUCCCGUUUGGGAAUCUUGGCAGUGUCUUGUGUCAGUGCCUUGACUCUCACACUCCCAUCUGACCCCAUGUCAGCAACUCCAGGGGUAGGACUGUCUGUUGGGGCCAGUAGUUGACAGGGAAGCCAUUUUGUGAUCCACAGGCCUUCUCUGAUGAUGCACACUUUGAGCACGAUUUUUGCCAUAGUGUUUUUUAAAUCUGUUGUAUGAAAGAAAUAGCUUAGGAUUAUUUUUAUCAAAAAUUGCUUUAUUGUUUUUUUGUACCUUUUUUCUUAAAAAUUCUUUUGUUUUACUAGCAUGAAGGAUUUUUUUGUGCCAAUUUAGGAAUGAAGGAAUGUCCUUAUUGAUGGGCUUGUGUCCGUAGCUACCUUCUAGUUGACAAUGGCAAAAUGGUUUGGUGUAAUGGGUGUGUGUACAUGGAGGAAUGUUCCAAAUAACUGUUCAAAACUUGGGCAUCUUGUGAACUUGUAGAUCCUGUGCACAGACUUCUCUUCCCUCCCCGUAGAAAAUCCCCAGAGGAAGUCACUGGAUUAUUUAUGAACCGUCCCUGAGAGUAAUCGGAGCCUUGGCUCCGUGCUCCCAGUCCGAAUGACUGGUCAAAGCCUCACGCCGAGUCUGGCCUAACAGAAUGGCGAUUGGCCAACCCCAGUCACUCACAACCAGCGGCCAUUACCAGGAAGUGCUUCCGAGGGGAACAGAGGAGAGUCUGCAGAUGCAUUCUGUU